CUUCGAACCCUAAAGCUUGCUUCCUCUCGGAAAAACCUCAUUUAGCCCUCUAUCUGGAACCCUCCCAAAACCCUAUUCUCCUUGUUCGUAAUAUUCUCUUUCAUCUUGAUAAUGGAGUUUUGGGGUGUUGAAGUUAAAGCUGGAGAGCCUCUUAAGGUCCAACUUGAUGAAAAACUGUUGCACCUUUCACAGGCAUCUCUUGGUGAGGUAAAGAAUAAAGGAAAUGAUUMUGUUCCUCUCUUCGUGAAGAUUGGGGGCCAGAAGCUUGUUAUAGGAACACUUUCUCCAGAUAAAUGCAUGCAACUGUCAUUUGACUUGGUAUUUGACAAAGAGUUUGAGCUUUCUCACAAUUGGAAAAAUGGGAGUGUCUACUUCUGUGGAUACAAAUCUGUGAUUCCUGAUGAGGAAGAGGAUUUUUCUGAUACCGAUGAUUCUGACUUUGAGGAUCUUCCACUCAGUGCAACUGAGAAUGGAAAGCCUGAGCAGAAGGAUGGACAACCAAAGGCAUCUGCAGACAAGUCUAAAGCUUCUAAGCCUGAUGUUUCUGCAGUCAAACAAAAAGUGAAGAUUGUGGAACCAAAAAAAGGUGAAAAAUCCAAGUUGGAUGAAUCUGAUGACAGUGAUGAAUCUGAUGAUUCUGAAGAAGAUGAAUCUGAUGAUGAGGACAUGCUUGGUGCUGGGGAUGAGAGUGACGAAGAUGAUGAAGAUGAGGAAAGCUCUGAAGGGGAAGAUGAGGAGACUCCAAAGAAGACUGAACAGGGCAAGAAGAGAGCUGCAGAAUCAGCUACAAAAACACCGGUUCCAGAGAAAAAGGCAAAGUUGGGUACACCACAGAAGACAGAUGGCAAGAAGGGUGGUGGCCAUACAGCAACACCUCACCCGAACAAACAGUCUUCUAAGACUCCUGCCAACAGUGAGAAAAAACAGAAGCAGACUCCAAAAUCUGCCGAUAAAGUUUCCUGCCAAUCUUGCAAUAGGACAUUUUAUACCGAAGAAGGUCUAAAAGCCCACAAAAUGGCCAAGCACAGUGACAAUUGAAGAGAAGGAUCGCCCUAUAUGCACCAUAUUUAAUUUUUGGUAGUUUUUGUUGAUUUUGAGAUGAAAAAAAUACAGGGGCGGUGUCCAUGCUUGGGGUUUCAACUAGACUUUGAUAGAGGUUUUUGUUACAAAAAAGUGUAGUAAUUGGAACAUCAUCUGUUGGGAGAGACUAUACUUCUUUGUUUCUGUUAAAUAGUUCGAUAAUUAAAUUUAAUUUAUAUCCAUGAAUUUAUUAUA